AUGGCCGCCAAAUGGUUCCCUCCUAGUGAAAAGUCGACGGUUGGAGCGCUUUAUACAAGUGGGAAUCAACUGGCCGCCGGGUUGACCUCUUUCAUCGCCGCUAGCCUGUGUUCAUCUCCAUUAGGGUGGCCUUCGAUUUUCUACAUAUUCGGCGGACUCGGGCUGAUCUGGGCGCUAGCAUGGCAAAUCUUUGCUACAAAUUUUCCAAGUGAAAAUAAGUGGACGUCAGCCGAGGAAUUAAUGUACAUCGAGAAGAAUCUAGCGGCCAAGCAUCACUCUCAAAUUUUUAAAGACAACAAAGUCCCGUGGAAGCAGCUGCUAAUUAGCCGACCAUCCUUGGCGAUCUAUACAAGCCAGUUCAGCUACAAUUUUUCGGCAGCAAUUAUGCAAGCAUUUUUGCCGACCUAUUUCAAAGAAGUGCUGUAUAUUCCGAUUCAUAUGAAUGGACUUUUCACGAUGGUCCCCUUCAUCUCGCAACUGAUAUCGAAAAAUAUCUUUGGCUUGUUCCGGAUGCUUCGGUCAAGAUUUUUCAAGGGAUUGGUGCCGUCGGUUCCGCUUUGUCACUAUUUGCUUUGGCUACGCUACCAUCCUGUCGACACCCCUAUAUCGCGCUACCAAUCU